GGCAACACUCCUAUGAGCACCGCCCACUAUUAAACCAAGGGACAGGGGUGUGCUAACGUAUGUCAGUUAACGUUUGCGCGAAAACGCUGUACGACUAGUUAAUUUUAUUUAUUUAUUUGAGUAGCUAGCCGAUAACCUAGCUAGUAACGUAGUGUGUGGUCCCAAGGAGAUGUGUUCAUAAAGCAGGUCCAUUGUAGUUGUGUCCGCAGUAACGCUAACAUAAGAUAGCGAAACACGUUCGCCCCUGUUGUUGUGGCCUGCUAUCCUACACGAUAGCCUGACUUCAGCUAACUAACAGUUAAACUAGUGGUAGCCUCGGUUUGAUCCUGGAGCUCUGCUCGCGUCACAUCUCUGAAGCGACGAGGGGAAGUAACGACACUUUCGAGAUAAUUCACAAGGCCGAGUCUUCGCUAAACGUUGUGGUAUUGUCCAGGGAUCAGCAAGUGGUUCCCCAGCUAUGAGAGCCUCUCCUCACUGACUGACAUCUCACAAAAACAAAUGGAGCUGUACUGGUACAUAGUUGUAAUUCUAUUCAUCAUUAUCAAGAUAUUUUUCUAUGUGUGCUGGUACCGAUCAAGACAAAGGCAACUGGCAGCAUACUUGAGUAACCCACGCAAUGCUCAGAUAGUCAUUGUAGGAGGAAGAGCCUACCUUCAUCAGAUGUGUGAGAGACAGAGUCAAACCUCUGUCUGGCCUAGUUGGUAUGGUGUUCAGGAGGACCUGUCUGUAGAAGAGCCCUCCACAAACCUGCCACCAGCUGCAUCCUCCUCCCACUUGGACAUGCCACCACCAUAUGAGGCAGUCUCUGGAGAGGAUGACCUGAAGCCCCCUCCUUACAGCGAGUGUGCUCAUGGCGAUGAGGCCGACGCCUCCCGUCCCUCCUAUCAAGCUCCUGUCAUUUCUGAUGCAGACACCAUUAGUGUAAACGAAGCCCCACCCCCCUACACACUGUCCCCCCCCACACAAGUCUGUCAACAAGACGUCCCUGUAAGCCACGGUGAGUCCCAGUCAGAGAGCCGGCCCACCUAAUCGAUCCCUGAUGCCAGUUUGCCUUUUCCAUGCACUGCCUUCCUACAUUCAACCUCAGUGAUCGUCGCCAGCCUAACUCUCCUCACAUGAGAGCAGAUGUUUAUUUGGAUGUGUGAAUGAAAUGUGUGAGUGCGUGCGUGUUUGGUGGUUCAUAGAUCAAGUUGUUUUUUUCUACUUUGUAUUGUGUAUAAAAAAGAAAAAAGGAUCUGAUGAGUUUGGCAAUAACAAAUGCCAUCAGCAAGCCUGUGUGCCUCAGUCAGGAGUACAGAACCUGCCUCCCAGCAGGGAUGAAGAUGGUACCCGUGACCUCUAAGCUCAUAGGGGAUCCGUGAGGAACCGAUAAGCAGAGAAACGGAUACCUUCAAGUGUGUUCUGUUUUAUAAAGUUGUUCCCUCCCGUCCAAGGCCACUUCCUUUCACAUAUCUAACCACUUGACUCAUUCUGCAAGCAUGAGGGGGAAAUGAGUUGUGUUCGGUUCCUGCGCCAUCAUAGUUGAGACGUGAUUUGACCUUUGUGUGUCUCUGUAGACGUUCUGAGCCCGGUAACUUAAUAAUAGCAUUAUAGACAUUCCAAAAUGUAGACCGUCUAAUUAGAUUUCCGUGCACCUUGCUGCAAAGUCAUGCAUAUUAAGUAUAUUGUAAGUGUUUCAACUUCAGCAAACUGUUAUAACUUUCAAUGCUUCAUUUAUACUGCACGCCUAUUAUUUCAAUACAAAGUUUGUUGACGUAGAACUGUUUCAUAAUGAAUCCACUAAUUGUCUUAAAUAAUGACCUCAUUAGCAUAACUGGUUAUGCUUAAUAUGUUAUGGUGAUUAUUAUGGGACAUUUGGCAGUUCAAGUGCCUAUUACAUCUGACUGGAAGUGAGCGAGGACGAGCGAGUGAAAUCGAUGACCACUUUAAGGAGGUGGACAAGAGCUUGUUCUCUGUGGCUUCUGUCUGUUGCUGCUUUACAUUAGCACCUGGAUGCCAGAUAAUCAAGAAUCUGCGCAAACAAAAUCACCAUGAAUGUUGUUAUUUCUGUGGUUUUUUGUUUUUUUUUAAAGUUGUGGACUUUGGAAAACAUUUCUUCAGAAAUCAUCAGAGAAAAAAUGUGUCGUGCUUUUUUUUUUUUUUCGAAAGCGCAUGAAAAAACUUUUUCUGUCGUCCUAAGUCCAGCUGUAAGAUAAUCAGAUCAGUUAUGAAUCGUAAUGUUGAGCUUCAGGCUUGAAUUAAGAAGAAAAUAUCAUCAAAUGAAAAUGGAAAACAAUCCUUUGAAAACGAAUACACUCAAGGCUAUAAACUCAGGCUCAAAACCGCUUUGGAGCCGAAGGCUAAAACCUCUUCAACAAAACUCAGUUAUUACUUUUUCUUUUCAUAAUUGUUGCAAAAUAUAGACUAACCAAAAACUUUUUUUUUUACUAGCGCAGUCUAUUUCUUGUAAUCUCCAUGUUAAUCUACCACAGGCUGGUAGAGGUCAGCCUACUUUGUGUAUUUCCUGUGUUUAUAUUCUCUGGUAUGUAGUAUUGCUUUGGGAGAAGUUGUUACUGGGCUUUUUGUAUGCAUUUCAAAAAAUCCGUUAACACUAUAAGACGAUGCAUCCAAAUGAUCGACUUCCUAUGUUUGUUUCAGCAACAAUGUAAUAUACACUUUCUGAACAUUAGAAAACCUGCAAGAAAGAAGAAAGAAAAUCAAUAUGAACGCUGUAUUAAUGUAUUUGGGGCCUUUGGGAUAGUAUAAGGGGAUUUUCAUGUAGGAUCAGGAGUUGAUAUGAAACAUGGUUUUAAUGAUGAUCCUUCAUAUUGUGAUGACAAAUCGUGGAGCAUCGAUCACUGAUGCCUUCCCUGUGGUUGUAUAAUCCGUCUGAAACAGUGCAUCUGCACAGUACAAAUCUGAAUGUAGCUUUGACCUUCCAAUGCAGCAGCAUGAUGACCACGAUCAACUAGCUGUAAUGUAUGUCCUGUUUGGUUAAUUCAUGUUCAUUUCUGUGGUGGUUGACCUAUCAGAUCUCUACACUUAGAAGCUUUGUGUUUUGACCCGGGUUGGUAUCUGAUUUCUGUAUUAAACUGUUGUUCAUAA